AUUUUCGAUUGUUAUUACAAUUCAAUAUUUUCUCCUUAUUAAUCUAAAACUGAUAAGCAUAGAGAUUUAUCAUUUUAUUAAAAUUUUGAAGUCGUGUUCGAAUUGUGAGCAAUCUACUCACAAUGUCUGAGGUGUUUCAAAUAUCAAGACAUCGCAAAAGGAGAGUGACUUACUCAAGGCGAAAUAAACAACAGAAUCAAGGUGAAAAGAAAAGAAAGGGAGAACUUAAUGAAACAAGUUUACCAGACGUCGAGAAAGCCAGAGAGAGACUCCAUUCUCUUCAUUUAUUACAAAGUUUCGAUGGCUUUCAAAUUAACAAUAAUCUGCUUGAGAAAUCAAAAGAACCGCUGCAAGAAGUUGAUUUAGAAAACAUUUCAUCUAUCAACACUGACGCCUUCUAUAACUCUAUUAGCUUAGAGUCAUCGAACAAAAGUACAAAAGUGGAUAAAUUUGUUGAACGAGAUCUUAUAUCAACAGUUUUACCAUCGGAGAAGCAAAAUGACUCUGUAGGUUUCGAUUAUUGCGAAGAAGAACCGCCAAUAAUGCAUUUAAACAAAAAAAAACAAAUAAUAGCUGUUGAAGUUAGAACAAGGAGAUGCUUUCCAAACGGAGAGUCUCAAGUUGAAUUGUCUAUUUUACAUCCUGUGACAUUUAAAACUAUUGCUGAUAAAGAUUUGCCUCGAAAGAUUAGACAUAUGAGGAAGAGGGUGAGAUCUCAAGAUGAAAAGCCGCUUCCAAUUAAAAAAUUUAUGACAGUUUCAUCCGUUCGCUCUUCAUACAACAACAAGAAUUUUUCUUUUUCUGAAUCUAAUUUAUCUUCCGAAAAUGUUGUUUCAAAUAUAACUCUUAACCCACGAAGAAAUUUAAUGACAGCCUUUGAAAAGUGUGAACAGCAGAAAGAGAAUAGCAAUCAGAUUAAAUCAGCAGCUAUUAAGGGCUAUUCCGGAGGUGUCAAUACAUCACCUAAGGCUAAAUCCUUAUCAAACUUUGCAAAAAAAACUAGUACUCCCAAAAAUUUGAAGGACAGGCCUGUCAUAGAGGAAUUAAAAUUAUCGCCGAUUGAAUUAGCAAGUGAUAACGAAUUAAAGUCUGGCACUAUUAAUAGUAGCGAAAUUCAUGUUACUUAUGAAGAAGAUUCUGAUAUUAAUCUAUGCUUGGAGGAGACAGACGAUAGUAGAUAAUUUAAUAGAUCUCUAGUGAUCGAAAACUAUAUUUUUACGUUGAGUUAAAAUUUAAUAAUGUAUAUAUUUUAUUUACACUUAUAUGUGUCAUUUGCAUAUGUCAUUUGAAGUAUAUUUACAUUUGUCAUAUUUUAAACUUAGUGUCACAUCGAAACAUUUGAGUUUGUUAAACUCUAUCUCAAUGACAAAUUGUUAUAAAUUUGUUCGGCCAGUUAAAAACCUAGAUAUCAAGUGAAUUCGUGCCAAAUUCAAAUUCUUAGUGUUAUUACUAGAAUAAUUAAUUAUUUUCAAAAAGAUUGGCUGGUAUCUUAUGAUAUUGUUUUUUUCUUAACAAUCUAAAAUACAGUAUUUUAUUUAUCAGAUUUAAACUACUCAUAAAUUGAAUAUAAUUAUUCAAUUCUUCUGUCAU